UUUUGGCAACCUUCUCUCCCCUGGCCCAUCUCGCUGCCGAGCGCUCCGACGGCCCAACCCCCUCGCUCGUCUUGCUCACCGAGCGAGCGCCGCCACCCGCUCCCUCCCCGUCCCGCUGCCGAGCGCCCCAGCCCCCUCGCUCCGUCGCUCGUCUUCCUCCUCGUGCGAGCGCCUCCACCGCAGUUGCUGCAGGCUUGCAGCUAAGUUAUAUCAAUCACAUAAUCUGAGGCAUACUGAGACUGCCUGCACAUGUUAGCCAAAACGCAGAAGUGCCAUUUACAUGCCUCAGUUUGGUUUUGGCUUUUAACUUUGUAAGGCCAUCAACACCCAUCAUUCCACAGCUUGUCACGCCCUAACUAUCAUAGCGGCGGAUGCAAGGCAGCAACAAGCUGAAUGCUGGGUCCAGCUGCAAUGAUAAGCUGCCAAGGGUCAACUGGCCACAUCAUGCAAGUGCUAUACAAAGCUCCUCUAGUAAAGAUGACUUUCUGAGUUCAAGUUUUUUGUUCUCUUUACCAACACAAAGGCCUAACCCAGAAGCAAACUGCAAUAGCAUGAUUUCUUUAAGGUCCGCUGCUUGUAAAAUUCAAGGUCCAGAGCGUCUUCAAGUUCCAUGGAUUGAGAAGGCCUGGCGUUCUGUGUGCAACACCCAGGUUGCUUGCAAGAGUUAUCUAAGACCUGGUUUAUCUGCAAAAGUGGAAGAUUGUGCCAAGGAUUAUACGCAUACUUAUGCAACAAAUUCUUCAUAUAAUACCAACAGACAGGAUAAUGUGCCAAGGAACAUGAUUCCCUCCCAGGAAGGUAUCCAUCAACGCACUGAAAGUGGUAUACUGGAGAACAAUAGCAGUCAUGGACCGACAGGCAUUAACUCCUGUACAAGGACUUACCAGAGCAAUCAUGUUGUGCGGGCAGAUAACAUUGGAACCACAAACCACUGUGGUUUUGCCAGAACUGAUGCUAAGUCAUGCCAGAAUGUUCCUGUUGCUGAUAACAUGUGUGCCGAUGAUACGUUAGAUGCCAUGGAUGAUGAUGAAAUUAUGGCGAGUAUUGAUGUGGACCGCAUAGUUAUGGAGCAUUAUGAAGCAACAAAUACACAUAGAGGGUUAGCAUCCUGGCAAAUGUCAACUCCAUCAGGAAACAAGUGUAACCUCACUGGUUUAGAUGAGAAUAGUUUACCACAAGAACUCUCUGAAAUUUGUAUUCAUGGUUGCAAGCUAGCUUUUUGCCCAGAGGCAAAGUAUCAUGUGCAGGAGAUGAAGGAUCAGAUGCUUGCAAUAUGCAGUGAACUUAUUGAUGGUUCUGGAGAACUCAGCCCUCAAGAUUCUGAAGCGCUUCGUAAACAGAGAGCACAUCUAAAAAAACAGACUAAGCUACUUGAGGACUAUAUGGCGAGGUCAACCCAAGAUGAUGAGAGGCAGAGAUCACACUCUAUGGCAACAGCUUCACAGGGGCAUCACCCCCCUAUGACCCCAAGCACUUCUGUAAUGGACAAUGAUAGAUUCCAGUCUCAGAUUUACUCCAGGAAUGAACCUGUGAACAGUGGUUCAUGCUAUCCUCCUGCUCCACAUCCCUACAUGGAUAGUUUAAACACCCCGUUAACAUCGGUGCAGAGAGAUUACACUCGUACAAAUAUAGAUAUUAACUAUACUGAAGGUUCUGGUGAUAAGAAGUGGAGCAGCAAAGAUUUUCCAUGGACUAAGGAACUUGAGGCCCACAACAAGAGAGUGUUUGGAAAUCAUUCUUUCCGCCCAAAUCAGCGAGAAAUAAUUAAUGCCACAAUGUAUGGGAGUGAUGUUUUUGUUUUGAUGCCAACUGGUGGUGGAAAAAGUUUGACCUAUCAGCUUCCAGCUCUUAUUGAUGAGGGCAUAACCCUAGUAGUUUGUCCUCUUGUUUCGCUCAUCCAAGAUCAGAUCAUGCAUUUAGCACAGGCAAAUAUUCCUGCAAUUUGUCUAAGUGCCAACGUGGAGUGGACGGAACAGCAGAGAAUAUUAAGAGACCUAAUGUCUCCUUCAUCUACAUGCACCUAUAAGUUGUUGUAUGUCACCCCAGAAAAAAUAGCUAAGAGUGAUGCUCUACUGAGACAGUUGGAAAUUUUAUAUUCUCGAGGUCAUCUUUCUAGAAUUGUUAUUGAUGAAGCUCAUUGUGUAAGCCAGUGGGGUCAUGAUUUCCGGCCUGAUUACCAGCAUCUAGGUCUUUUAAAACAGAAGUUCCCAGAGACACCAGUGCUGGCCUUGACUGCAACAGCAACUGCUAGUGUUAAGGAGGAUGUUGUGCAAGCUCUAGGCCUCGCAAAUUGUGUUGUUUUCAGACAAAGUUUUAAUCGUCCAAAUCUGAGGUAUAUUGUGAUGCCCAAGACAAAGAAAUGCCUCGAGGAUAUCGAUAACUUUAUCCGUGCAAGUCAUCAUAAAGAAUGUGGCAUCAUAUAUUGCCUAUCGAGAAUGGACUGUGAAAAAGUGGCUGCAAAACUAAGGGAGUAUGGGCAUAAAGCGUCACACUAUCAUGGUAGCAUGGAUCCUCUUGAUAGAACAGAGAUCCAGAGACAAUGGAGUAGGGAUAAGAUAAACAUAAUCUGUGCUACAGUUGCAUUUGGGAUGGGUAUUAAUAAACCUGAUGUUCGUUUUGUUAUUCAUCACUCCCUGCCCAAAUCAAUUGAAGGAUAUCAUCAAGAGUGUGGACGUGCUGGUAGAGAUGGUCAGCGUUCAUCUUGUGUGCUCUAUUAUAACUAUUCUGACUAUAUUCGUGUCAAACACAUGAUUACACAAGGAGUUGUGGAGCAAGAAACGUCAAUGCCACGAGGAGGCUCUUUGUCUUCGCAUAGACAAGCACUUGAAACACACAAGGAGAAUCUCCUGUGCAUGGUUAGUUACUGUGAAAAUGAUGUGGAUUGCAGACGUCUACUACAACUAAUACACUUUGGAGAGACGUUUGAUCCUUCAUGUUGUGCAAAAACAUGUGAUAAUUGCAUGAAAGAAAUGAGAUGGAUUGAGAAAGAUGUGACCACUAUUGCUAGGCAAUUGGUCGAGUUGGUCAUGAUGACAAGGCCAGCAUGUUCAACUUCUCAUAUUCUUGAAGUUUUCAGAGGCUCCGUGAACCAAAACGUCAAGAAGAACCGUCAUGAUACUUUGAGUCUUCAUGGAGGUGGGAAGAAUCUAGCUAAAGGUGAGGCAUCAAGAGUACUUCGGCAUCUAGUAACUGAGGGGAUACUUAUUGAGGAUGUCAAAAAGAGUGAUACAUAUGGAUUGGUAUCAUCCGUCUUAAAGGUUAAUCAGAUGAAAGUUGGUGGUCUUCGCUCUGGCAAUCACACCAUUGUUCUUAAGUUUCCUACUCGGGAGGCCCCUUUGAUGGGGAAACUUGAUGAAUCAUCAACUCCACAAAUCAAUAAGACUGCUCAACGGCAGAGUGAAGUGGAUGAGAACAUAUCGUCGUUGCUCUUUGAAACUUUAAAAUGCCUCAGGUCUCAGAUAGCGGAGAGUACUGCAGGAUGUGGUGUACACCACAUAUUUAAAAAUGAAACAUUGAAGGAAAUUAGUUCCAGAGUACCGAGGACGAAAGAAGAACUUUUAGAGAUAAACGGCAUCGGCAAGGUGAAGCUCAAUAAGUAUGGGGACAGUGUACUUGCAACCAUAGAGGAUUUUCUCAGCCACUUUCCGAAUGCAAGCAAGAGAAGCAGCAGCAGUGGCAGUAAUGAGCAAAAUGAAGCUCCAAAGAAGCGAAGAGGCCUCUCUGCCACCAAUGCGUCUGGCAAAUGUGAUGGCUUUGAGGAACGAACAGUUCAGUCCAAGAAAUGUGCGGCAAAGACAAAAAACACCAAGCAGGGGAUAUCUGAUGCUGCAAGCAUGGUCCAAGAUGUCCGUUACAUAGAUCUUGAUUUGGAUGGAUGCGAGGAUGUGGAUGACGAGCUGUGCAGCAGUGCCCAACAGCCUGUGGCUUCAAGUAGGGUUUUGCCCAAGUGGCCAACCGCUGUGACCAAAGGUAACUCGCCAGUAGCUAAUUUAUUUGAAGAAUUUAAAUACACGAAGUAGACCUGUAGGCAUCUAAGCUACGGUGACAUAGGUCUUGUGUAAGGUUGCUGGACAUGUGACAUUUCCAGUGUACUUCUUGUAGGCGGUAGCACAUAUAACAUGUUAAAGUGUAUUAGUGUAAGAGGCUUCUGUGAGAAAAAUGUGUUCCAUGGACAUUGAAAUGUAUGGACCACUGCAGUAAUAGACUAGUGUGCUAUUGGAACUGUCCA